AUGCGUUCAAAUCUUCUAAUUUUCUUAUUUUUUCUGACUAAUGCAGUUUUUUCAAUCGAUAAUAUUAUUUCACCAUUUGAAAGAUUCAAUAUGGAAAUUGAGGAAUUUAUUCCAACAAUUCAGCAAGAACUCAUUUUUGCGGAUUAUCCUAAUAUGACUGAUCAGGUAAAUUUACUGGGGGUUCGGAAUAUUUUCAAAAUGUCUGAAACUUGUCAACUCCAAUUUCAUUUUUUUCAGCAAUCACAAGAACAAAUUCGAACAUUAUUUCCAAUGUUGAAUCUUAGAAUUCAAGAGCUUAGGAAUGUGAGUAACCUAUUUUCUCCUCAAAAAUUCUACAAAUUUUUUGAACUUCAAAAUUUUCAGCUAGGCCUUGAAGCUGACAAAAAUCGAAAAGAAGUUCAGCAUAAAAUGUGUCAUUCCAAACAUAUUUUUUAUUAUUUGAAACUCGAAAAACAACUCAAAAAAUUGCAGAAGGAAUUGGUUGGUUUUAAUAUAACAGCAGAGGUAAAAAUAUAUGAUUUUUUAUUUUUAUUGGAUUUUUCCCUAUUUUUUUCAGAAAUCACGAAAAAUGCUCUAUGAUAUUUAUAAAGCAAUCAAGGAUUGGAAAAAGUUUUCGAGUAGACCGUGUUAG